UGAUUUAUAUAGGACCCUCCGUGUCCUCGAAGAGAAGAAGGUACCUUUUAGUUUUUAUUUUGGUGUUUGUUUUGGGUUCUUCGGUUGCAGAGAAGGAGCUCUGGAGUCGACCUUUGCCUGUCAGAGGCGAGGGAGGUUAUGCCGUUAGGCUUAGAGGUGGUGCCCGACUUUGAUCUGAAGGGCUUGCCUUUCUCUUUUAAGAUAUGGAGCAAGUGUGCCUUUCGUCAAAUUGCUACUGGUGUGGAGUCUUGUCAGUACAGGAGGUUCUCGAUUUGCGGUUUCUCUUGUUUGGAGACUUUUUUCUUGUUUCCUUUGUCAACUGCACUUAGUGGCCAUCUGCCUUUAAAUGAUCACUAUAAGAGGCCUUAUGCAAUUUUUUUCUGAGCUUGGUGUUGGACCUAUAUUGAACUUUUAUAAUGUGUUACCAACACAACUUUGGCUUGCAACAUUUGCAGAAACAUUUUAUCAGGGCUGGAGUCUGCAAGUAAACACAUGAAAGUUUCUUAGACAUUGACUAGUAGAUAAUUUCCUCCAAUCCACGUGGACUUGGUAGUUUUUCGCUAUUUCUUUGUCAUUGCUCCCGAUCGGCACCGGGUUAGCAUGACAAAAUACAUAUUAGCUAAAGAAUAUGUGAAGAUAUUCUACAUGGAAUAAAAUAGUACAAUGGUUUAAUUUCUUGUACUACUUACAUUGAAGUGUCUUUCAAUCGAGGAUCUUAAUAGUGGGUAAAGACAUCUUUUAUGUUAGAUUGAGUUUUUGAAUUGGUGGCGAGAUGCAGUACACCACACAACCUUCCUUGCCAUUUAUACCUGGUUAUAUUAUUGGAGCUGUGGUAUUAGAGUUUUUGGGUAAUAAGGCUUUCAAGCCUUUCCAUCAGGAGGAUGUUUGUUCGAGCUGAAGCAUAAUAUAUUGUCAAAGUUAAUGGUGGAUUUGUCUUGAGAGCUGUCUAUAUUUCUAUAGCUACUCUGAAGUCCAUUGUUCAUAACAUAAUCUUCAACUUGAAUGCGAGACAUUGCACCCAUUAUCCCUCAUUCUCUACGUGAAUAAGAGCACAAGCUUUUGAAUUCUGUUUGGUGUUGCCAGUGCAAAAUGGAGCGGUACAAGAUAAUUAAAGAAGUUGGUGAUGGUACAUUUGGGAGUGUCUGGAGAGCUAUAAAUAAGCAGACUGGUGAAGUUGUUGCAAUCAAAAAAAUGAAAAGAAAGUAUUAUUCUUGGGAGGAGUGUAUAAAUCUUAGGGAAGUGAAGUCAUUGCGGAAGAUGAACCAUCCCAAUAUUGUGAAGCUCAAGGAAGUCAUUAGAGAAAAUGACAUCUUGUACUUCGUUUUUGAAUACAUGGAAUGCAACCUAUACCAGCUUAUGAAAGACAGGGGAAAUGUUUUCUCUGAAGCUGAAGUGAGGAAUUGGUGCUUUCAAGUAUUUCAAGCUCUUGCAUAUAUGCACCAGCGUGGUUAUUUUCAUCGUGAUCUGAAGCCCGAGAACUUGCUUGUCACAAAGGACAUAAUCAAAAUUGCUGAUUUUGGUCUUGCACGAGAAAUCUGCUCUGAGCCACCUUAUACAGAAUAUGUCUCAACUCGCUGGUACCGAGCCCCUGAAGUUCUUUUACAGUCAUCUAUGUAUGGGGCUGCAGUUGAUAUGUGGGCUAUGGGUGCUAUAAUGGCUGAGUUGUUUACUCUCCGUCCUCUUUUUCCGGGCUCAAGUGAAGCAGAUGAAAUCUACAAAAUAUGCAGUGUGAUAGGGAGUCCAAAUCAGAGUUCAUGGGCCGAGGGACUUCAACUUGCAAAUGCGAUCAAGUAUAAAUUUCCACAGUUUCCAAGCGUCCAUCUUUCUGCUCUGAUUCCCUCAGCUAGUGAGGAUGCGAUUAACCUCAUAACAUCGCUUUGUUCCUGGGAUCCCAGCAAAAGGCCGACAGCUGCAGAGGCCCUUCAACAUCCUUUUUUCCAGAGCUGCUUCUACAUUCCACCAUCACUUCGUGCGAGGGUUGCAGCCCCUAGGACACCACCUUCUGUUGGAUUAAGGGGGGCUCUGGAGCAGAAGAGUGCUAGGAAGUAUUAUGGAACUUUAUCAAACACCAAGCCUCCAACCAACUUCUCUUCUGCAAAAUUACAUGCUUCUUUAAGCACAGGUGUGCAGAGAAAGCUGGAAAUGAAUAACCUGGAGGCUAACAAGAAUGAUAAAUCGGUGAAGAGCUGUGCCAAACAACCAAGAUACAGACCACCAGCCAGGAACAGCCCGACUUCUAUCUACACAGGCAAAACUGGACGUGGAGUUUCUGAUACGGCUGAGAAGUUGGCGCAGAUGACAAUUGGUUCAGGCAGGCAGCCUGUUAAACAGCCACAAACACUGCCAAUGAAGGCUGGUGGGUGGCAUGGCCACACUGAGUUCCUUGGACGAUCUCACGAGAUUCCAUCUGGCAGAAGUUAUUCCCGGAAGGUUGCGGGAUAGAGAACAAGACGACGAACUGUUUGGAAGAUUUUACCAUAUGUUUAAUUAGGCCCUACUGCUUGGGUCUUGAUUUCUCUCGUUUGCGUACCUAAAUAAGAACUUUGUGUUGUGUUUGACAGACACGAACUUGAACGUGGGCAUUGUGGUGUUCCGUUGUCACUAUUUUAGAUUUUACUUAUAUAUACAUGUUCUUGCCGAAAAUAUGGUUUUUCC